UCGCACGCCGCUCCCCGCGCCCGUCCCGCUCCUCCGACCAGCUCCAAUCUCCAGCCAUGCAGACCUCCUUCCGCUACAUCCUCUCCCUCGCCGUCAUGCUCGCGGCCGCGCUCACCGUCGCGCAGGCAUCCCCAGUGCCCGAGCCCGUCGAGCGUCGCGACCCGUACAUCACCGUCGCCGACUGGUGAUCGGCUCGCCCGAUCCCGUCUGCAGAUUCGUCAGGACUAUCUUCUUGAGCACAUUGAAAUGCACCCAUCAUCCCGCCGUUAGGGCCGGGCUCUGCCUCCACUCCUUGAACUCUCCGCACACCCCGCCGCGUCGGACUCUCCGCCGCGCGGCGCGCCCGCCCCGGUCCCGCCCCGUGCCCGCCUCCGCCUCGACGCCUCAUUUGUACAUACAGUCAGCAUAUUCUUCCCCCGCCCCGCGCGCCCUGCCGCCGGGCCCCUAGGAUACUUGCACACGGCAGCACGCGCCCCAUCGCUCGUUGUACUACCUUCCGCAUGUUCUUGUUGUUGUUUUGUUAUCAUCGCGAUGCGCCCCGCCCCGCCGUCGAUUGGGUACGCGUUCCGUGUCUUCGUAUUGUCAUGUGCAUAUGCAUUGGCCAGCGCUGGUAGGAUAAUGAGCACCGUACUUAAUCGUAUCGGACAUCUCGCUCUCCCCGCGUCUCUGCGUCUCUGGCUAUCCCGCUAUGGCUAGUCCGCCGCCGCGAGUCUCGAGUCCCAAUGGGUGCGGCGAUCUGAUACGGGCGCUGCGUUCCCACCGCGGACGGGAACGGCAGGGGCGCGCGGGUUCGCUGCAUCACGAACAUGUCGUCGGAUGAUGCAAGAACAGAAGCGUCUCCCCAGAAACGCGCGCCCAUUCAGUGCGGCACAUGUCCACGCGCACGCGCCCCCCGCGCGGAUUUUCCUCGUCAGUGGGAGUGGGCGAGAU